CAGGUUACCAGUUGCAACAAUACGUAAGAAGAGAGGAUCCUAAAAAGGCAUUGUGCCACGAUGACAGGUUGGACGACUCCACGGCCAUUUUCACCCGAGGUCACUUCUGUACCAAUCACCUGUGUCGUCACACUUAAAUGUUGGACAAUUUCGACAUACGUUCAACCCAGAGACUUGGAAUUCUUGGUCCGACUCAAAGACGGAACCAGGAAGUGAGCCAGACAAUUAUAUAUGACCCCAAUGUGAACAAGGACAGGUAAACUUGAACUGAUGUUGAGUCGGGAACCGAUGGCCGCUGGUUUCCCUAAAGAUGGGAUGAUGAUCGGGACGUCCCGGCCCGGCGUGCCGCCCAAACGGGUCAUCAAACACGUCAUUCGCUGGGAGAGCCAAGAGGACAACUCUGACGGCGACGUGCAGAACGGGGGCCGUAGGAACUCCCGGAACUUUACGGUCACAACUCACGGCGACUAUGUCUUACAGGGGUUCCGCCGUUUGAGGAACCAAACCGACCUCUGUGAUGUCACUCUCCUCGUGGGCGAUGCGUCUUUUCCCGUCCACCGUGCCGUCAUGGCGUCCGUUAGCGUCUACUUCAAGUCAAUGUUCAACCAGGAGUUUUUGGAACGCUCGGCCGCGACGGUGCGAAUCCACGACGUGUCCGAACAGAUCAUGAGAAAAGUCAUCGACUUCGUGUACACGGGAAAGAUCGAGGUGAACGUACAGGACGUACAGGAUGUUUUGGACGCGGCUAGCAGGUUUCAGAUCAUGGGUCUCAUGGGGGUUUGUCAGAACUUUGUCAUCAGAGAAAUUUCUCUAGACACGUGUAUAGACAUCCUGUACAUUGCGGAGAGAUACCACCUCACGUGUGUGGAAAAUGACGCGGAUUCCUAUAUUCUUAAGAACUUCUCCGACGUCUCAAAGACACCGGCAUUCUUCACUUUAAACAUCGAGAAGCUUUGUUUCUAUCUUGGCAGUGACCGAGUGAAGGGCUGUACGGAGAUUGACCUGUUCAACGUGGCCACCAAAUGGCUGCGGCACGAGCCUAACAGACUGCAGAUGGCGAGCACAGUAGUGGAGACCAUCCGCUUCCCGCUCAUUUCUCCCUCAGACCUGGUACAGUUCAUACAGAGCGCAGAGUUCAUGAGAACUGAUCCCAAAUGCAUGGCUCUGCUGAAGGAGGCGGCGGACUACCAGAGGUUAAGAUUCGCUCAGCCCGUGCUGGUGUCACCAAGAACGCAGAUCCGGUCAGAAAGCAAUUCACUAGUAACUAUCGGAGGAGCGCACGCGGACGGCAGACCGAGUGACCUGGCGUCCUUCUACGACUUUCAGACGAAGAAGUGGCAGACAUUGGUGAACCUCGAAGUCCCCGUGAAGCAUCAUGGGGUAGCUGUGAUGGGCGGGUUCAUUUGGGUGGUUGGAGGGAUGAACAGAAACAGUGAAACUAUCGCUACAGGAUACAGGUACGACCCCUGGCGACACGAAUGGCUGCAGAUCUGCCCGAUGAACGAGCCCCGCGCCUGUUACCACCUGGCCGUGAUCCACGACAGGCUGUACGCCAUCGCCGGCCGCCAGGGGGAGAACACCAACACCACGUCCAUCACCAUCCUCAGGACUGCCGAGCGAUACAUACCGGAGGACAACAGAUGGGAGUACAUCGCAGAGCUGCCGAACAGAACGGACUGUCCUGCCGGAGCGGUGCAUGUCGGGACACUGUACAUCUCUGGCGGUUUCGACCAACCAGCGGGCUUCCUUCCGCACAUGCGCUGUUACGACGCCAAGUUGGAUCUGUGGCAGGAGAGAACACAGAUGCCAGCUUGUCGCGGCUUCCACUCUAUGGCGGUCAUCAAGAACAAGAUCUACAUCAUCGGUGGACACGGCAUGGACGACCGGGGCGGGUACGACACUGACCUACUGGACGUUGACAUCUACCUGCCAGGGACAGACACCUACGAAAAGGGACGACCCAUGUUGAGAGGACAGGGGUGUUCAGGUUGCACAGUCUUGGACGGGACCAUUUACGUCGUAGGGGGUGGCUCAAGGGUCUCGGGACAGCCGACAAACGUCAUUUCCGUUUUCGAUUCAGUGAAGGACAGUUGGGAGGAGGUUGCCAUGGAGUUCAUUGAACCCAUGUACGGAGCCGGAUGUUGUUCUGUUCUACUUCCGGCUGACAUCGCCAUAGAGGAUGUGUGAACUUUGAGAUUGCCAUAAAAAUACAAUAAUAAACUUCAUAGUGAAGUUUGAUACUUAAGAUCAUUACAGUAAAGCCACACCAAUUUAAU